GAAAUUCAACAGGGAGUGCAUCUGGUAGUUACUUCAGUGGCUCUAUUAUCUGCUGUCCCAUCUGUUCCUCUGGACAAGCUGGUCCCUAGUGGAGAGCCCCACCUCCACCUCCGGUCAGGAUAGUUCAAUGCAAAAGCAGGCUCACACCCCAGACCCUCCUCAGUGACAAUGUCCAGCAUUCUUGCAGCAGAUACCCUUCCAGGGGAUCCUAAGGAAGAUGAAAGACCUAAAUGGGACAAUAAAUUCCAGUACAUCUUAAGCUGUGUUGGAUUUGCUGUAGGGUUAGGAAAUAUAUGGAGAUUUCCAUACUUGUGUCAGACUUAUGGAGGAGGAGCAUUCCUAAUUCCAUACUUUAUUGCCCUGAUCUUUGAAGGAAUCCCCCUGUUUCAUAUUGAACUCGCCAUUGGUCAGCGCUUAAGGACGGGUAGCAUUGGGGUGUGGAGCACCAUCUCACCAUACCUUAAAGGAGUAGGCAUUGGAUGUUUAUUUGUAUCUUUCCUGGUGAGCUUGUAUUACAACACCAUUUUAAUGUGGGUGAUGUGGUAUUUUCUGAAUUCUUUCCAAAGCCCCCUUCCAUGGAGCUCUUGUCCUCCAAAUGAAAAUAGAACAGGGUCCAUUGAAGAGUGCCAGAGCAGCAAUACUGUGAAUUAUUUCUGGUACAGGAAAACGUUAAACAUUACAGCUGACAUCAAUGAGAGUGGGACCUUACAGUGGCGGCUGAUCAUGUGCUUAGUGGCUUGUUGGAUGAUUGUGUAUAUCUGCGUCAUCAGAGGUAUUGAGACCACAGGAAAGGCCAUUUAUUUUACUGCUCUCUUUCCUUACCUGGUCUUGACCAUCUUUCUUAUCCGAGGACUCACUCUACCUGGAGCUACUGAAGGAUUAAUUUACCUUUUUACACCUAAUAUGAGUAUUCUCCAGAAUCCCCAGGUAUGGCUUGAUGCAGCUACUCAGAUCUUUUUUUCCCUUUCGCUGGCUUUUGGAGGACACAUAGCAUUUUCAAGCUAUAAUCCACCCAAGAAUGAUUGUGAAAAGGAUGCUGUCACCAUAGCCGUAGUGAACAGCAUGACCUCCCUCUACGCUUCUGUAGCUGUUUUCUCUGUCCUGGGUUUCAAGGCAACAAAUGAUUACUGGGAUUGCCUGGACAGAAACAUCCUCAGCAUCAUCAACGAGUUUGAUUUUCCAGACCAAAGCAUCCAGAGGGAUGACUAUGCAGCCUGCUUCGCACACCUGAAUUCCACUCAGCCGGACAGGAUGGCGCAUCUCCAGCUGAGGAGCUGUCACCUGCAGGACUUUCUGGACAAGAGCGCCUCUGGUACUGGCCUGGCCUUUAUCGUCUUCACUGAGGCCAUCGUCCACAUGCCCGGCUCUCCUGGAUGGGCCGUGCUGUUCUUUGGAAUGCUCUUUUCCUUGGGUCUGACUUCCAUGUUUGGGAAUAUGGAAGGAGUGCUGACACCGAUCCUAGAUUUGCACAUUCUGCCCAGGUCAGUCCCCAAGGAAUUUAUAACAGGUGUGAUAUGCCUAGUCUGCUGCCUUUCUGCUCUUUGUUUCACACUACAAUCUGGCAGUUACUGGCUUGAAAUCUUUGACAAAUAUGCAGCUUCCUUGAACCUAUUAGUUUUUGCCUUCUUUGAAGUUAUUGGAGUAAUUUACGUUUAUGGAUUGAAAAGGUUCUGUGAUGACGUGGAAUGGAUGACGGGAAGACGACCCAACCUCUACUGGCAGAUGACAUGGAAAAUCAUCAGUCCUCUACUGCUACUGAUCAUCUUUGUAUCUUACAUCAUCUUAAUAACACAAAAGCAGCCAACGUAUGAAUCCUGGAACCCACAAUAUGAUGAUUUCCCAGUCAAGCAGGAGAAAUUCUACCCUGGCUGGGUGCAAGGCAUCUGCGUGAUGCUGUCACUACUUCCUUGCAUUUGGAUACCUGGAAUGGCACUUUUUCAGCUAAUCAACAGGAGGCAAGGAAAGGGGAAGAAUCCAUGGUCAGAACCUUAUAGUGACAAACCCUAUGAGCCUGUGCAGGACUAAAUGGGCGCUUCUAUGUAAAAGGACAAGGAAAUGGGGGAAGUCAUGUAAAAAAUUGUGAGUUUGGGCUGUCAGGGCUGUUCUGUCACUUGGACAAGGAGGGCAAUAUUUGCUGUCAGUAUAAAGAGUAGUUCAUUCAGUUGUUAUCAAUGACAACAUUCUUUCUCCUAGUCCCCGAACACUCCACUCUUCAGUUUUCCAUUACUUACUAGUCAAUAAGUAUAUUUCCCAUUUGGGUGUCAAUAAUAGAGUGCUGCCAUGACUGGAGUCAGGACGACUCAUUGUCCUGAAUUCAAAUCUUCCCUCAGAUAUUUGCUAAACAAGAAUAUAAAUCUUGUAACCAUGGAAAAAUAUUCUAAAUUAAUUAAUUUUUAAAAAUAAAAUGGAAACAUCAAAGUUAGCCUUGAAAUUUAAAAAAAAAAAAGUCAAGUCAUGAAUUCAGGACCAGAAGACUGUAUUUCUGGUCUUUGUUCAGCUACUAUUUAGUUAUGCGACUUUGUCCAAGACAUCUUGCCUCAUUUUUCUGAUCUAAAAAAUAAAAAGAUUAAACAAAGGGAACUUAAAAAAACAAGUCACUUAACCCUAUGCCUCAGUUUCCUCAUCUGUAAAAUGAGCUGGGAAAAGAAAUGACAAACCACUUUAGUAUCUUUGCCAAGAAAACUGAAAAUGGAGUUAUGAAGAGUGGGAGAUGACUGAACAAUGUACACCAGAGGAAAGCAUCCUGGCUAAUAGGAGAAAUGGACUCAGCCUAUUCCCAAUGUGUCACAAGAUGGACUAUUUCAAGUGCUGUCUGCUGUUCCAAGGACAAGAAUCAAGAACUUCCUAUCCAUACUGGCUGCCCACUCUCAUGCUCUCCUCUCCACCCACCCAGUCACUCACACAUCACUCAUGCCUACCUUGUUUUCUAUUCGUUUUACUAUGACUGGUUCCACCUCACUCCUGGUUCCUCCUUAUGAGCCGUCUACUUACCCUAUGUUCCAAAUUAAGCUCUCUCCCCUUUUCUGGAUCUACUUUAUAGGUCUGCAAUUACACCAGUAUACGCUCCAACAACAACAACAAAAUUGAAAAGAAAAUGUCUACUAAGAAGUUCAAUGGUGAGAAUGCCGCUGUGCUAAAUAUAUAAAUCAACAUAAUAUUUAAGGAUGACAAAAGGGCAACUAAGGAUCAGUCCUCUUGCUAAUCUUUAAGCCACUUCUCAUGAUUAAAUUUGAUUUAAGCAA